AUGGUGUUUUCUGGUGAAGAAGAAGAGGGUAACAUGGCGACGGGUUCUGAGAGAGUGAAGCCUCUUCACAAUUUCAUGUUACCUUGUUUGAAGUGGGGGACUCAGCGUCACCUGAGAUGUAUGAAGAUUGCUUCCGACGAGGGAUCGCCGUCGGAGUCAGAGAAAAAGAGGAGCAAGAUCAACGCCGACGACGAUGGGAUCGGUGCUGUUAGGGAGAAGUUGAUGCUUGAUCUGAAGACUGAAGCUGAUAGACUGAAAGAUGCGAUAUUGAGAAAGGAGAAAGAGAAUAAUGGUGGCGGUGAGGAUUAUGAGGUUGAGGUUGAGGUUGCGACGGCGGCGAGGAGGGAGAGGACGUGGAAUUUGAGAACGAGGAAAGGUGUUUUCGUUGGUGGCGGUGGUGGAGAGAGUGGAAAGGGGUUGUUGUUGAAUAUUGAUGAAAAGAAACCUAACGUGUCGGUGUCGCCGUUGAGGAAUGGUAACGGCGGCGUUAAUUUGAAGGGUGGUGGUGAUUCGAAUAAAAAGAUGAAAUUUUCAUUGACCUUGACGAAGAAGGAAAUUGAAGAGGAUUUCAUGAAGAUGGUGGGUCAUCGGCCUCCGAGAAGGCCCAAGAAAAGACCAAGAAUUGUUCAGAGGCAAAUGGAUACACUUUUUCCUGGUAUGUGGUUGUCUGAGGUUUCUGCUGAUGCGUACAAGGUUCCUGAUGGUCCAGAGAAUAAUGGCAAGAAAUAG